AUGAUGAUGAUGUGUGUGUGUGUGUGUGUGUGUGUGUGUGUGUGUGUUUGUGAGUGAAAUGGCCCAGGAGCAACUUUUCAUCGGUCUCUGUGAUGGAGAGCUGGAUUCGAAGAAAUAUUGCUCCUCUUUUCUGACAAACAAAGUCGGGGGAGAGCCGGACUGGCAACCGGGUAUUACCCGGCAGCUUCCCCGCUGUGGUCGUUGUAGCGCUUCGUUAGCCCACGUGGUGCAGGUUUACUGUCCCCUACAGGGCUCCCCUUAUCACAGAAACCUCAACCUGUUCGCCUGCUGCCAACCUGGCUGCAGCGAGCAGUCAGGUAGCUGGACGGUUUUCCGCUCGCAGUGUGUGGAGGCUCCCAACCAGUCGUCUACGCUUGAGGUGGUUGUGCCGUCGGCCACAGAUUGGUGUGAUUCCGCAGAAGACUGGGGGGCGGAGGUGGGGGGAGAGGAUUUUCGAAGUGGAGGGGAUAAGGAGGUUCAGGAACAAGCCAGAGAUCUGCAAACCAAAGGAAGCCCUGCAGUCUGCCAGAUGGAUGUCAGCUCCGGCCUUCAGCAACUCAGUCUGGUAGAAUCUAAAGACAUUCCUGUCUUUCGUCCCUUCUUCAUCAGUGUCUUGGAGGAGUCAGAACUGUCUGGUGAGGAUGAUGAGCUGGGUCACGCUCAGGAGCUUCUGAGGGAGUAUGAGCAGAGGGAAGGCGUAGCACUGGGAGUACCUGAGGAGAGUGAUGGCAGCGGGGAGAUGUAUGAAAAGACCAGUGCCAGACACGCUGAUGCUGUCUUCUCCAGGUUCAUGAAGACGAUUUCAGUGUGUCCACAGCAGAUCAUUCGCUACUGCCGGCACAGAAAACCACUGUUUAUUUCCAAGAUGCCGUCCAAUAACAGUCAUGUAGUCUCAGUGUGCAGCUCCUGUGGAGAACCCAGGACCUUUGAGCUGCAGCUGAUGCCUGCUCUGGUCUACCUGCUGCAGAGGAUAGACAGCAACUUGGCGAAAAAGCUGGAGUUUGGGACUGUGUUAGUUUAUACCUGCACAAACAGUUGCUGGACAGCUGGAUCAAAGUUCCCUGUAGAGGAGUUCUGCUUUGUUCAGCCAGACCCAGAUCAUGAGCUCUUUAAAUGACAGAGCAGAUUGUUUAAUCUAAUUAUCACUUCAUACACACAAAAGAAAUGUAUAUAACUAUAUUCAAACGUUGGAGGGUUUAAAUGAAUCCUGGAAGCACUGCGAGGAUUGUGUUCUUUGAUUUUCUUUUUACAACGCUUUCAGCUCCAUGCAACCACUACUUUUGAAGGCCAAACUGGAGUUGUCAGGAGUGGACCACCACCUGUUGCAAUGGAUACUGGAUUACCUCACUAACAACCGCAGUACUUAGGGACAUGGGGCUGUUUCUGAGAGGCUGGACUGCAGUACGGGAGCACCGCAGAUUAAGGUUAAGGUUUACUUUAUUAAUCCCCAAGGGGGAAAUCGAAUUGCCAUUAAUAUGUCAAAAACACAUAUUUUUGUAUGAGGGCAAGAAACCCUCAUACAAGACUCUGCUAUAGACUACAACAAAUAACAUCAGUGUCAAUAUCAUUAUCAAGAGUUAGAUCAUACAAAGGGCUCAUUAUAAAAGUGCACUGCAGCAGGAAUAAAAGAAUUUCUGAAGCGUUCAGUUGAACAACCAGGCAUUACCAUUCACCCACUCAAAGAGCUCCUGAGUUUGUUAAAAGACACUGGGGAGAGGGUGGUUCUUGAGUCAUCAUCCUUUUGUCCAUGAUAAUGUCCACUGAUUUUAUCCAAGCCCUGAGUUUUUGAUCAGUUUGUUCAGUCUGUUGUUUUCCUCAAGCUCCGGGUCCAGACCAGGCUUAUUUGUUGCAUACGGCUUAAGUUCAUCCCAGGUAUAGGUGUACACAGGUAGGCCAUCUCCACUCCUGACUUGCACUCCCGAGGUUCUUCUUUAACUCUGUGGUGGCAUCAUCCCUCUUCUGUAGUGUGGUCUGUUGGAGCAGCAGCUUAUCAGUAGCUGAGAGGAAGCAGCUGGAUAAACCCAUUAAUCGGGCAAGUUCUGUCCUGGGAGGCCCAUUGGACCCAGUGCAGGUGGUGGGAGACAAAAGGACUGUAAGAAAAAUAUAACUGGACAAUGCCUCUCACCCUGUGCAUAGAGCCGGAGCUUUGUCAGUAACAGACUGCUGCACUUCCACAUGUCUUUCCUCCCAGCAGCUUCUAGACUCUAUACUCAAUGCUGCUCAAAAAAAAAUUCUCUGCUGCUCAAAUCAGAUGUGCUAUGUUAAUCUGAUCAAAACUCAUUUGCACUGCCUCAGAUGCAAAUGUCCAUUUGCAAAUGCUCUGAGGUGUUUGCCUGUAUAUUCAUACAUCUUGUAUAUUUUUUUGUGCAAAUUUCAUACCUCUUAAGUUGAUUAUUGCAUUUAUUUUACGUAAUGUAGCAUUUUCACCUGAAUAUGCUCUAUUAUCACUUAAUUGCAGAUUCAACCCCUCCCCUUUCUGAUAUGUUAAUUCUCUUUUGCUGUAGAAUUUAGCCUUUUAUUCAUAUUACUUAAUCUAAUGUGUAACUCUGAUGUAUCUUGUCUGUGCUUUUGUCACCUUCCCAACCAAAUUUCCCCAUUGUUUUCACCAUUGUGGGACAUAGUGUAAUGCCAUUAAAAAACAGCAGAUGGAACUCUU